GAAGGAAUGGAGAUAGUUGUUUACCAAUAUGUUCCCACUACCAAAGAUGAAAAAAAUAAAUUAGUAAUUAAUCAAUGAACAAAAAAAAUCCAAAUUUUUAUAGAUUAUAUUAUGAGUAAUAGAAAAACAAGAAUGCAAGAGUUUUCAAAGAUCAAAUUAGUAAAAUGGCAUUAUUUUCAUCAAGAAAUUCAUCAAGGUCUAGGUCCUCUCUUCCAUAUUUGGUGUUCCUCUUAAUUGCUGCCUUUUUUGUCUUCAAGGUAGAUAUACUCAUAUCCCAGUCUUUUAGUUCAGCCCGUCGCAACCUGGAAAAAACUCCUAAUCGUAUUGUAGUGAACCCCAAAAAAUCACUAGAAGACAGCCUCCCUGUAGUUUUAGUUAAUGGUACAUUUGACCAGCAUAUUAUGAUAUCAUGGGGAGAUGACAGAGGAAAAAUACUUGAAAAUGGGGAGUUUUUAACACUCUCCUUAGACAAGUUGUCUGGAUCAGGCUUUCAGUCUAAAAAAGAGUACCUCUUUGCUAAAGUUGAUAUGCAAAUUAAGCUCGUCCCCGGAAACUCUGCUGGCACUGUUACUACAUUUUACCUAUCAUCACAAGGGAACAAGCAUGAUGAAAUAGAUUUUGAAUUCUUGGGAAAUUCAACAGGGAACCCUUACACUCUUCAUACUAAUGUUUUUAGUCUAGGCAAAGGCAAUAGGGAACAACAAUUCUUCUUGUGGUUUGAUCCAACUGCAGAUUAUCACACAUAUUCAAUCCUAUGGAAUUCUAAAUGUAUUAUAUUCUACGUUGAUGGUAUACCAAUUAGAGAGUACAAGAAUCUAGAGAGACUUGGUGUGUCAUAUUUAAAAUUCCAACCAAUGAGACUAUACUCAAGUCUAUGGAACGCAGAUGAUUGGGCUACACAAGGUGGUCGUGUCAAAACCAAUUGGAAAUUAGCUCCUUUUGUAGCGUCCUACAAAAAUUUCACAUAUGAAGCUUGUAUUUAUUCAAGAUUAACUAGCUCGUCUUCAUGUGAUAUCGACUCUCCUCCUUCUACCAACCACGCUUGGUUAACAUAUGAGUUAGAUCAAAGAAGUCGUGUUAGAAUGAAAGCAUUGCAGAAAAAACAUAUGAUUUAUGAUUAUUGCAACGAUAAAUGGAGAUUUCCUAAAGGUCCUGCUCCUGAAUGCAAGCUUCUUCAAUAACAUUAUAAUUUUUUGUUUAUUAUGUAUAAGGUUUUUACAUAUUUUGUAUUUUUGAAUUUUAGGUUUAAAUUUCCUAGGAGAAAAAAAAAAAAGGAACAUUUUGGUUCCCUUUUAGAAAUUAAAAGUUACUAUUAGUUUGGGCCAUUGGGCCUAGCUAGAACUUCGCG